AUGAAUGGCCAACAAAAAAAGCUCUACAAAAUCGUAUUGACUGGAGGGCCUUGUGGUGGAAAGACAACGGGACAAUCAAAACUUUGUACAUUCUUUGAGAAUUUAGGAUGGAAGGUUUACAGAGUUCCAGAAACUGCCAAUGUUCUAUUAAGCGGAGGUAUCAAAUUUUCGGAAUUAACUGAAGAUCAAGUCGAUACAUUUCAAAGUAAUCUCCUCAAAAGUAUGCUACGUAUAGAACAAACGUAUUUUGAGCUGGGAAAAACAUGUGACCAAGACUGUUUAAUUAUUUGUGACAGAGGUGUUAUGGAUGCUGCUGCAUAUAUAUCUAGUUAUAAAUGGAAUCGGAUAAUGAAAAAUAACGGCUGGAACGUGGUUGAUAUGAGAGACAAUCGUUAUGAUCAAAUAAUUCACAUGGUGUCCGCUGCAUGUGGGGCUGGAGAGUUUUAUAGCACCGAGGAUCAUGCGAGUAGAAGUGAAGACUUGGAUUUAGCUAAAAGUCUAGACGUCAAAACAUCAACAGCAUGGAUUGGACACCCAUACUUUGAUGUCAUUGAUAAUUCAACAGAUUUUGAAAAUAAAAUACGCAGAAUGAUAGCUGCCGUUUGUCAGAAAUUGGGCAUCAGCACUGAUGAUAGAUUAGCUACAAAUUCUAAAAAACGUAAAUGGUUAGUGAAGCACUUGCCUAAUGACGAGUUGUUUCCUCCAUUUCAAGAUUUUGAAGUUGAACACCACUACUUGCAGACGUAUACAAAAAAUAUGCAAUCUCGUUUACGUAAACGAGGACAAAAAGGCCAUUGGAAUUAUACACAUACACUUCGCAAGCCUAAGAUCCAAGAACAAGUAAUAGAAAUUAAAAUGCAGCUCACUCACAAAAGCUAUGUAAAUCUGUUGCCACUGAAAGAUGAAACCCACAAUCCUAUCUAUAAAAAAAGGCGAUGUUUUAUAUACAACAAUCAAUAUUUCCAGUUGGACAUUUAUCGUAAACCUUGUCAUAAAAGGUGUAAAGGGUUAAUAUUACUUGAGACGCAUUCCGUUCUUGAAAAUCAAGACCUUUUUGACCGUUUGCCAAAGUUCCUAGACAUUGAAGCUGAAGUUACUGAUAACGCAGCUUAUUCUAUGUUCAAUUUAUCGCUUGUUGAAGAUUGGGAAAAAUCAAAAAAAUUUUGUCACUAG